AAUAUUCCCCUCACCAAUCAAAUGCUCAAGUAAUGCGCCAACCAUUAAGCCACGGAGCCCAUGGUGCUCCGUUGGAUGGAGCACCCAGAAAUGUGGCAAUGAGCAAGUUUUUGGAAUGGUUUCAGCAGGCAAAUUCUAGACGGCUGGAAAUUAUUGGAAAAGAGCAUUCCGGAAAAACUUGGUUUGCACGGAAACUCUCCGAAGUGUCCGAAUGCGUUGCCUCACACUUCUGCAGUCACGACGAGCCUCAAUCCUCGGAGCCCCCUACCGUAAUCCGAUCUCUCGGAGAGCAACUGAUGCGUCGAUUCCCUAAUCUCGUCUUACCCCGCUUAACUACAGUAACCCUUCUAGAGGAUACGGUAUCCGCUCUCGACCAUUUUCUGCGUCUUCCCCUCGAGACCAUGCCUUCCACAUCGAAGCCAGUUUUCUUGGUGAUAGAUAGUGUGGAGGACGAGGAGACGCAGGUGCUGGUGGAGAUGCUCGUUGAGAUUCUGCCACCAUGGAUUCAAAUUGUGACCACGUCACGAGACCGGACCAAUUCUGAAACUGAGCUCCUCGAGCUCCAUAUCGACUCGGACUUUGACAAAUUCAUUCGCUUGAAACUCCCGCACUGCCACGUGGAAGAGGUCCGUGAAGCGUCAGACGGUUCGUGGUUCUACGUGGAGCAACUGGCGAGAGCUGUGGAACUUGGCAUGGUGCCAAGUGAUAUGGUACCGCCGAUUGGGGUAGAGAAGAUGAUGCACUUAGUGGCGAGAAGUCUACCGAGGAGUUUUGCGGAUAUUGUUCGACUGGCUAAGACCAGCCGUAACCGACCGACACGCCAGCAGCUGCUCGCCGUUUCCCAGAUGCUCGUUUCCCGAGAUAUAUCAGUUCUGGAAAAGGACAUUCGCAUUAUCACUUCUCUUAUCGGAACAGCUUCAUCUGAAAAUCCAUCUGAAAUAUUCCACGUGCCGGAUAUCUGGUUCCAGUUGAUCGGCGAGGAAAACUUCCGUUGUCAUACUGCGUGGGCAGAGCACUAUAAGACGAAAAGACGAAAGAGUGCUCAGGAUAUUUGUGAGCUCGCUUAUCACCUUUCUCACUCUACAACAAAUCCUUUGAAUGCUGUGAAGACUCUGCAAAGCGUCGGAGCCGGGAAUUUAGUUCUCCGGUGCCAUGUUAUCGAUCUACCAACGACGGCACUUUUAAAAUCAGCUGGAGCAAGAAUGGAGGAAAAUAAUUAUGACGUAGUGUAUGCUUGUUCUGUUGGAGAUGUCAGCUACCUGGAUGCAAUUCUUCGGGAGAUGAAGCCGGUGCCUAUGGACAUCUGCUUCGGCCUGCUCACCGCCGCGGCCAGAGGAAACAUUGAAAUGUGCAGAUUUCUGGCCGAUCACUUCCCCCAUCUCGUCGCUUCCUCCUGCUGCGGAGAAUGGAAUGCAUUGAGAAGUGCCGCCUGUUACGGACAACUCGAGAUCCUUCACCUUCUUCUAGAGAAAGGUGUCGACGUUGAUGAAUGUGGUCACAGUGAUCGAACGGCUCUCCGAGCAGCCGCCUGGUCUGGCCAGCUCGCCGCAGUUCAGCUUCUCCUGCAAACCGGCGCUGAAGUUGAUCGGAGGGAUUCUGAGCAGCGAACCGCACUGAUGGCAGCAGCAUUCAUGUGUCAUAAGGAUGUGGUGUCAGUUAUUAUUCAGUAUGGAGCUGAUGUAAAUGCCAUCGACAAAUCCGGAGCCACCGCGUUGCACUUGAAUCUUUCAAAUGGCUCGAAACAAGAAGAAAACUCUGAAACAACAAAAUUGCUGUUAGAACACAACGCGGACUGUAAAAUUGAAGAUGCCAACGGCCGCGUGGCCCUGCACCUGGCCGCCUACCACGGGGACCCCUGCCUCCAAUUGAUUCUUGAGAAGCACCCCAUAGUUGACGUCAUGGAUAAUAUGGGACAAACUCCAUUGAUGUUAGCUGCUAGUCAAGGUCAAUUGGAAGCUGUUCAGUUUUUGACAAAAACCGCCAAAGCAGACGUAGAUGCUAUCGAUAACAAUGGGCGAACUGCUCUUCAAUGGGCGGCUAUUAAUGGUCACCCGGAGGUGGUAGAGUUCUUGUGCUCAGUUGGAUCGGAUGAGGGACAUAAGGAUAAUGAUGGUGCAGUGGCUCUACACUAUGCUGUUACCCAUGAUCAUGUGGAGCUGGUAAAGCAUUUGACGAAUCAGCAUACGGUAGAGGCAAAGGAUCGAUAUGGACAACAUCCGAUGAUGAUUGCGGCGGCUAAUGGAAAUUUGAAGGUCCUGGAGUACCUAAUGGGGAUCUCCGACAUAAUCAACCAACCUGACCACGAAGGUCGCACUGCCUUAUCCCUCGCCUCAAUGGCAGCUCAUACCUCAAUAAUCGACUUGAUAUCCCCUCGCAUCACUGAUUGGAGCCAACGGGACCACGAUGGCACCCCACUAGCCCACACCCUAAUCCUCUCCAAUCUGAUCUUCGUGGCCGAGGUUUAUCUAGGCCAUGGUGCCAACUCAUCCGACUCGGAUGCUCAUGGCCGAACUUGUGUACACGUGGUCGCUUCGACGAAUGACGUGGCGGCAGCGAAAAUGCUGAAGAGGAUUGGUGGAGUAAAUUUUGAGGCAGUUGAUAGAGGUGGGCGUACAGCUUUGAUGACUGCAGUUUGGGCGAAACACGUGGCGAUUUCGGUGUUCUUGUUGGAUAGUUGUGGAGUUGACCCGAAUCGAACGGAUCGACAGGGUGCCACUGCUCUCUCCAUUGCCGCGCAAAUCGGCGACCGCGAUCUUGUCAACCUGCUCCUCAAAUUUGGCGCCGAACCAGAGAUCAAAGACUCUAUGGGACGAACCGCCAUGGAUGUGGCCAUGAUUUCUGGCAACGAGCCAAUAGUUUCUCUGCUCCAAUCUGUAAAUGGCUCAUCCGGAUCAUCUGGAAUUGGCUCAAGUGUCCCCAAUAGCCCACUCGACGCCAGUAAACAGCGUAUCCUGAAAGCCACAUCAUCACUGAGAAUGCCUCAUAGAAUUGAUAAUAAUAAUCAUUGAUCUCAUAUUUUCUUUGCUGAAAAAAUAGUUUUUUUUUGGAAUUUGAUCUUUAUUAACCGGUGCUUUUUUGUAUGUCAUUAACUCGGUCACAGUUUUUUUUCGAAUUUUUACCCAAAAUCUUUCUCAUAUUGUCAGUAUUAUUAUUGAAAAUUAAUAAUAAACAU